AACACGCGGUCCGCCAGCUUGGGAAUAAUACUCUCGGAAAAAUGUUGAAAAUUCUCUGUUAUCGAAGUGAAAAUUGCCUGAAAAAAGCAUCGAGAAGGGAUCUGCAACCCCUUAUCGGGAAAAUUUUGGAAAAUGAUGAAUAUAGAAUUGAGGAAGAAUGCAUAGCAGAUGCUCUUGAGAUUGUCCGAAAAUGUGUGGAAAUGUUCAUCCAAGCCAAUUUCACGGGGAAUCUCUUAGCUGAAGAUGUUGUCCAGGAAUUCAUACACUCCAAACAGCGCCUGGAGAAAGUGAAUGUGAGGAGAGAAUGCGUGGUAAAUGGAGAAGAGUUGGAUGUGAAUGUUCUCUUUCCGGAACUCCUCUUUCUCGCGCGGAAGACACUGAAAGCCUGCAUGUGUGAUCAUCUUGUGCUCCUGGUGUGGAGAGCACGAGUGAUUUGUCUUCAUCAGCAAGUUCUGGAAGAUCUGACAUACUCUCUAUUUAAGGAGUUCAGAGAAAUCUCCGAGGAAAUUCUGAAACAUGAAGAUUUCUCUACUUUGGACAUUGAAGAUUCCGCACUGCUGAUGCUGGAGAUUGCUCAGGGAUAUGCCAUCUUCCGACGUGUGAAGCCGUGCAAAGAGCUUCUGGACUCUGUGAAAGAUAAGCUGAAAACACAGCUGAACAUCACCUCACUGUUGGGCAUGAGAACGCGCUUUCAGACGAAACCCUUGCCUCAAAUGAUCCUCAGAGUGGAGAGGAAGGAAGUCAUUUCCUUGAGCAGUGCUUCAGAGACUCAUGGAUCAAUUCUCCUGCCAAAGUUACUGCAUCUGGACGAUGACACGCGGCUGGAAAAGAUCAAAUUCCUGAACGAAGAAGAGGCUCAGAUUGACAAUCUUCCCAGUGUCAUUCAGUCUCUGAUCGUCCUGGAGCUGCACUGGCUGCAAAUGUCACAGCCGAAGGACAAUCUGGCCGAGGAGGAGAUUCAGCCUUACAUCGUGACGCUGCUGCAUCAGGAUCAUGGAGCGUGGAGCGUGAGAAUUGCCGCCCUCAUGGCGAAUAUCGAGCUGGAGGCGAAGAAUCGAAGAACAGUGGAUAGAAGCUUGAAGCAGUGCGAGGAAAUCCUUAAGCUGGUGAGAAUGCCAGGUGCUGAAUCCCACCAUCGUCUGCUAGGCUUCUUCUCCUCAGGCAUGCCGCCAAUCUGGCGCUCUGAGAUGCAGCUGGGCAGCCUGAUGAUGUCCCUGGGCUUGGUGAAGACUGCUCUGGACGUCUACCGACGCAUCCAGGCUUGGGAUGAUGUGAUCACCUGCUACAAUAUGCUGGAGUUGCGCCACAAAGCGGAGGAGGUCAUCCGGCAGGAAUUGACGAAGAGUCCCACGGCGAAGCUCUACUGUCUGCUCGGCGAUGCCACAGAUGAUCCCUCCUGGUACGAAAAGGCAUGGGAGUUUUCCGAGAGACGCAGCGGAAAAGCCCAGAAACACUGGGGAAACUAUUUCUUUGCCCGAAAGGAGUACAGUUUCUCCAUUCCGCACUUCCAAGAGUCUCUGGAGAUCAACACUCUGCAAGAGCCGCUGUGGCUUCGCCUGGGAUUCGCCGCUCUCGAGACUGAAGAGUGGAAGAUCGCAGCUCAUGCCUAUCAAAUGUACACAUCUCUGGAAUCGGGAACUUUCGAAGCGUGGAACAAUUUGGCCAAGGCAUACGUGAAGAUGGGUGAUAAGAAUCGCGCCCAGAAAGUCCUGGCGGAGGCUCUGAAGUGCAACUAUGACGUGUGGCAGGUUUGGGAGAACUUCAUGGUGGUCAGCCUGGACACAGGGCACUUUGACGAUGUCCUGAAUGCUUACAAUCGACUGAUGGAGCUCAAGACGCGCUAUGAAGAUCGUCAAGUGUUGGACAUUCUCACGUCAGCCAUUGAAGGCCACGUUCCGGACCAGAAAGGCACGGAUUCUCAUCGCUUGGCGGAGAAAGCGAGUAAAAUCCUGGCUCAGCUUUGCAUUCAGCACGGUCGCGAUGGAUUCUACUGGGAAAUGGCCGCCAGGGUUGCGAAAGAUUCCCUGUCGAGGGCCCAGAAGCUCCUCAAAGCCUUCACAGGACACACACAGAGCAAUCCCAAGUGGCAUGAAGUGCCAGAAUCGUCUGAGAAAGUGCUGAAAAUCUGUCUGGAGAUGUCUCAGCUCUCCCUGGAAGCUGCAAAUUGCAUCCGAGAGGACAAUAGAACACUGGUCGUUUCCCAGUUAGCUUCUGCUCGCCUCUCAGUGCAGAGUUGCUUGAGGAAUGCCAAGGAAAGUGUGGAGAAUUCAGCCGAACAGAGAGAUGAACUGACCAAGAAUCUGCAGAUUCUUACAGACAGACUGAAAGAGUUUGCAAAGUGAAUUGUUUUGUAAUCAUAAUUAUUUUACUA